GCCACGAAAACGCUGCCCGAGUUAUCCCUGGAAAUGGCAUCCUUGAUGUUUUCUGGUGUCUUCAUUGUUUUUCUUCUAUUGUUAUUUGCUCAUUCUUACUCGUGCAGUUUCACCAUUACAAACAAUUGCCCGUAUACAAUAUGGCCCGGGACACUUGCUGGCUCUGGGACGCCACAGCUUGCGUCGACAGGGUUCAGGCUGGACUCCGGUAAGACUGUGAGCCUCUCGACUGUCCUGGGAUGGUCAGGUCGGAUAUGGGCAAGAACAGGUUGCUCGUUUGAUGCAUCUGGGAUUGGUUCCUGUCAAACAGGGGAUUGUGGAGGAAGGUUGGAAUGUGACGGUAAUGGCGCCACCCCGCCCGCGUCACUCUUUGAGAUUACCUUCGGUACUGGUGAUCAAAAGGACUUUUACGACGUGAGCUUUGUGGACGGCUACAAUUUGCCUCUCAUUGCUGCGCCGCGUGGAGUCUACGGCACUUGUAAUGCCACCGGUUGUGCCUCAGACCUCAAUAUGGGUUGUCCGAAAGAGCUUCAGGUGGCUGGUAGAGGAGGUGGCGGAAAAGGGCAAGUAGUGGCAUGCAAGAGUGCUUGUGAGGCGUUCGGCCUUGACCAAUACUGCUGUAGUGGGCAGUUUGCCAAUCCAACAACAUGCAGGCCGACAUUUUACUCAACAAUCUUCAAGAGAGCUUGUCCAAGAGCUUAUAGCUAUGCUUAUGAUGAUGGAACAAGCACUUUUACAUGCAAGGCUUAUGAAUAUGACAUUGUCUUCUGCCCUAAUGCUGCAAGAACAAAGAGACCGGGGCAGUUGUCCCCACCACCACCAGUCAAACAAGCCAGCAAUCGGAAGGGGAAGGUUGUGACGACGGCUUCAUCCUCCAAUAUUCUCUGGCCCGUUCCAAUGAUGAUCCCUCUCCUCCUCAUCAAUUUGUUCCUUUGAGCAUUCCUGUAGCCUGGUGCUUUUGCCCUUGCCGCAAUCAGUUGUUUCUGAAAACAAAACAUCCCUAACCUUCUGCCUAUUCUAAAGAAGACUGAAUGAAGGCAAGGGAAUGUG